CCUUCCGCAGGACGAGGCUGGCGUCCCGAGCGCCGCUGGACAGGGACGUGGUGACCGGGGACUCCCGCCGCUGACAGCCCGCUGGGCCCACUGUCUGGUUUCGCAGGAGUCAGCCGAGAUGCAGGAAGGAGACAGGGAUGAGGCCCCCUGCCUGGCAUGCACCCAGAGAUGCCCACCCAGAAGUGGGCAGUGGAUUGCUCGUGACACCAUUAUUCAUCAUAGCCGAAAAGGAAAGAAACGGAACGUAUAAGCAUUUCGCUUUGUAGUUCAGACUGACUUUGCACUCACUAUGUAGCCCAGGCUGGCCUGAAACUCACGGUGAUCCUCCUGCCUCAGCCUCCCCUAUGCUGGGAUUACAAGCAUAAGCCACCACACCCAGGUAAUUACUUCGACAGCACACAUUGAUGUCUCUAAGGAAGUCACCACUCUCCUUGGAUUCCAGUGAGAGCGAUUCCGAGGAGUUGCCAACAUUUGCCUUCCUGAAGAAGGAACCAACUUCAGCCAAGAGGAAGCAACCUGCUAGGCCCAAUGAGAUCAUCGUGGUUGACGCCUCGGAUCCCGAGGCAUCCCAACCACUGUCCCCAGAGCCGGGGGAGCCACCUGCCCUGCACGCAGCCGUCACUCCCACCCAGGCAGAGCCCCUCCAAGUGCUGAGCAGUGAAAGCGAGGAUGGGGAGGAACUUGCCCCCCUGGCCAGGCGGCUUAAAUGUAAGUUUCUCACCAACAGGCAGUGGAGCUCCAAAGACUCCAGCCCCGCAGGUGAACGACUAGAGAGUCAUCAGAAUGAGGGACCGUCCCGUGAGUGGGGAAAACCCUCCUUUGCAGAGGCCUCUGGUGCCCCCCUUGGUGACACCGCCAAACUGACUGCAGCAGACAACCAGGCCCAGAGCUUAGACCUCCCAGGCUGUGACCCUCCAGCACCCCAGCCUGCCUGCCUCCUCCAGGGCAACCACUUGGCAGGAACCAAAACAAAAUCAGGUGUCGCUGCCCCCUCUGAGAAGAGAGCCAAGCACAGUCAGAAGCGGGAGAGAAGAGGCUCGAAGGGAGGCUCGAAGGGACUGCGGCCACAGGGCAGAGCAAGUUGGAAGGAAGGGUCCCCCAGACAACAGGACAGGAAGAAGGAGGCGCCGAGCUGCAGGCUGAAGGCCCAGCGGCCUGAGGAGUGCCUCAAGCACAUGGUCGUGGUGCUGGACCCAGAGCUUUUGCAGACGGAAGGUGGGGGCCAGCUCCUCGGAGCGCUGCAGACGAUGGAGUGCCGGUGUGUCAUCGAAACCCAGCUUGUGCCUCGAAGCAUCACGUGGAGGCGAAGGGCAGGGCCCGCCGAGAAUGAAGAGGCCUGGGUGGAGGAGCCAGCGAUCCUUGUGUUGCUUCUUGCAGAAACUUUCGUGUCCAUGAUCCGCAAUUUCAAGCAGCAGGGAAGCCCGGGCAGCAGCGGAAACAGGAAGGAAACACUGGAGGGCUUCGUCACUGACGUCACGGCACGGGCAGGCGGGAAAGCACUGUCCCUAGUGAUUGUGGAUCAGGAGAAAGGCUUCAGGGCUCAGAAUCUUCCCAGGAGAGGGACACAGGACAUGGCCAGUAAACAAGGCAAGGAGAAGCAGCAGCGACAACGAGUGUCCAGCAUGGUGCCCCCUGUGUCCAGGGUGGACGUGGAAGAGGCACUGGUGGAUCUGCAGCUACACUCGGAAGCCCAGGUCCGGGUUGUGCAGAGCUGGAAGGAGCUGGCCGACUUCGCCUGCUCCAUCACAAAGGCCGUGGCCGAGGCGCCUUUCAAGAAGCUUCGUGAUGAAAGCAGCUUCUCCUUCUGCCUGGAGAGUGGCUGGGCCAGAGGGGUGAAGGUAGACCGUGCCGGCAGGGGACUUGCACUGGUCUGGAGGAGACAGAUUCAGCAGCUGAACCGGGUCAGCCUGGACAUGGCCAGUGCCAUCGUGGAUGCCUACCCAUCCCCACAGCUCCUGCUGCAGGAAGUGACUGGGAACUGUCACAGCACCAAGAGGUCAUCUCCACUUCAGGCUUAUCGGCAAUGUCACUCAGAUCAAGAGCGCCAGAACCUGCUGGCCAACAUCCAUGUGCGGCGGGGGGUGGGUGUGACGGCCACCUCCCGCAGAGUCGGUCCAGAGCUGUCCAGGCGCGUCUACCUGCAGAUGACCGCUCUGCAGCCGGAUCUGUCUUUGGACGGUGCUGACUGAUGCCAGCCCUCAGGGCCCAAGACAGCAGGGCAAGUUCCACCUCCCCAACUGUGGAACCAACUGAAACAAUACCAGAAGCACGUCCCAGGUGCCUGGCUGGGUGUCACCUGGUCUCUGUCCUUCUGUCCUCCGUGUCUCAGAAGUCAACGCUGGCACCUACCGUCACUUACUGAUCCCCUCCUAGUAAAACCCAGCGGCCCCCACCAGCCCUCAGAACAAAAGGCACAAGGACAGACCACUUGGACAUGGGUUUAAUACCCGCAGAAACCCACAGGAAUCAGCAUCAGGCCUCGAGGUUGGGGUGAGCGCGUGCCUGUGGCUGGUGUGGCCGGGCUCUGCCAUGGAGCUGGCCCAGCAGCCCAGAACUUGGCACCUAGGCCGGCUCCUGUGUUUCCACAACUUCGUCGGAUGCAUUGGAUGUUUAGCUUCAAUAAAGCAUUUGGACCCAUGGCCCUGGGGCUGGGGAGUCUGGA